CGCACCUAUGUGAGGGAAUGGGAAACAUGAACCGGUUCGUGUACGAUCAUCCGAUGUAAACUACGAGCCAGUGACAAAAUGGACCCAUAGCAGACGUGUUUUGUGAUUUAUUUACUAUGGUAUACCAGAUCUACUAGUAUUUUGGAUUUAUUAGUCAGUUUGUAAGUGUGUCUACCUGUGGUAGCAGGCAGUCCGUCCGCGAAGGACUCGCCGUUGUUUUCGUAAACAAACAUGGCUUCGAAGUGUCAGAAAUUUCAGCCGAACAUUUUUAAUAAGCUGAAAUGUCAGAGUUGCUUCGGAGCAAAAGAUAUCCAUUCUGCCGAGGCUCUGGAGAAUAACAAAGACAUGGAUGACACGGAUGAGAGUGUAAAUGUGAGCCCUGUUGGUUGGGUUGAUCAGUUCUGUAACUUAAUGCUGGACACUUUCAUCAGUAAGACAGAGCCGGUGGCUACCCGAAAAAUUUCGAAAUGUGGAUAUUUGUUUGUGUCUCCUGAUUUCGACUUCAGCAACCCUCUUGAUCGGACCAAGCGAUGGCAGAGGCGGUUCUUUCGACUGUUUGAUGAUGGAGAGCUCAACUUUUCAGUGGACGAAGAUCCUGACACUGUUCCACAGGGGGCGGUGGACAUGAAUAAAUGUACAGAGGUUGGGGAUGCUGAGAAAAAGACUAGCCAUACCAACUCUCUCUUCAUCAUCGUCCCCAACAAAACAUACUACAUCAAAGGAGGAUCCAAGGAGGAGAUUAUGUGGUGGCAAGAAGUCCUUGCUGUGUUUCCAAGGUCAUUACCAAAACCCAAAAACCGCCGCUUCACCAUGCCCAUCUUUAGCAAUAAGGACAAGGAGAAUGUCCAGCCACUGACCACAGACUCACACAGGAAGUUACCAAGUGUGAGUAGUCUCACAGACGGGGACAUUCCUGCAGUUAACAAUCGUUUUGAGGCUGAGAAGGUCAAGGUAAAGGAGCAGGCCUUUUCAACCUAUCGAGGUGUGCGCAACAUGAAACAUCGGACUGAUAAACACUACCAAGAGGGAUUGCGUAAGAGCAGCAGUCUACACGAUCUUUCUUCUGAGGAUGCCAAGGAUGUUGGUAUGGGACUAGCAUCUUCCAAGUUCCUAAGUCGCUCUGGUGACAGACUCAACUAUGUAAGUGUAGCUUCACAUCCCGGCAUGGAAAAUGCAGCCCGCGUGUUAGCGGACUCCAACUACAACAACCCCUACUGCACUGUCCCCCGCCGGACAUGGCAGACACUGGCAGCCAACACCACUUCCCCGCCAUCUUCCAAUGCUAAUAUUCCUAGCUCUGCCUCCGCCAACAGCCCUUCCUCUUCCCCCUCCUCCCAUCCUACUGUGGUUGUCAACCCUAGCCAUAUCCCCAUUAUACGCCGCAAGAGCAACGCUGAUACUCAAUCCUCUGCUGCGUCCACCAGCACUAAGCCCAAGAGUGCCAGUGAGCGAGCCCGUCUUCACAGGGAACGUUCCACAAGCAUGAAGGACUUUCCGACCCAGUUCUCCCUGCCCAAGCCAGAUGGUUCCCGCAUGUCCAUGUCCAGUCUUGACCGCCUGUCUGCCUCCUCGGGUCAUGUGGAUGGACAGUCCUCAGCUCGACCCUCCGGACGUCGUGAUAUAUAUGAAGUCCCCACUAACAACUUGAACCAGACUGAUGAACUCAAGAUGGCCAAGUCUACGGAGUUCCAGGCCGCUAGUAGAAGUAGAUCACAGCCGUCCAUUUCUGGGAGUUCUCCACAGAGCCAGGGAUCACCUUCCAAUAAAUAUGAAGAUCUGAUGUACAUGAAGAAAGGCUGGCUUAUCAAGCAAGGGACAUCAGAGAAGGACUGGAAGAAACAUUGGUUUGUGUUGACGGGAAACUCCCUGCGGUAUUACAGGGAUGCUCAGGCAGAAGAAAGCAAUACUCUAGAUGGCCGUAUCGACCUCUCUACUUGUUUUGAUAUAUCCGAGGUUGAUAUUGGCCGUAACUUUGGCUUCAGGAUCAAGUCACGGAAUGGGGAGUAUGUCCUCGCUGCUAUGACCUCUGGGAUACGUAACAACUGGUUAAAAGCAAUACGACUAGUAAUGGACCUGCAAACUGGCAGUAAACAAUCUACCUCUUCAUUGUUGUCAAACUCUGCUGACUCUUCACCUCGUACUGUAGAUGACCUUGACCUUAGUGCUUCGGCUGAUAGUAGUCGAUUAAGUGGGUCAAUGGACAGUCGGUCAUCAUCAGAAAGUCCCAAAGAUAUUCAUAAACGUGCUACAACAAAAAAUAUGAGAAGACAUUAUUCAGACGUUAGUCCAGGAAAUGUGAAGUUUUCUGUGAAGGAUUUAUCUCCUGCUCUGACACGUAUAUCUCAACCACCAACCAUUGUAGGUGUAGUUAGUGGGGCAACAUCUCCCCCUGAACCGGAGAAAAAAUCGGGUCUGGACGAUCAAGUAGAUUCAGCAAAUAAGAAAUCAGUAAGUAGUGCCAAGUUCUCACCUGAACCUAGUGCCAGCGAACCAUUGGGUCGGUAUGUCGAAGGGAGUGACAGUGCAUCCCUUACCUCAACACUUCCACCACCCGCCCCUGAAGCAGGGGAGGACUUAGCCUCUCGUCGGGCGGUUAGUAGCGAAAGUAGGAAAGAGGAGGAUGAGAAAUCAAGACGAGCAAAGUCACCAAGUGCUCGUGUGAAAGAAAAGUCUCGCAGCAAAGGUGGCAAGAUUCCGACACCACCACAGCAGAUGUCAGAUGAUGAGUAUUAUGGGAUGUCUGCAUCAGCUGAGGAGGAAACUGUUAGUUCUAUACAAGUGAUUGACCUGCAACAGCAUCUUGGUGGGGACGGUUACCAAGACAGCAAUUUCACAACAUCAGAAGACACCCAGGCUUCCACUGGUGAUUCCUCAGCUGGUGGGGAUGGUAUACUGGUGGAACUCUUAGAAACGGAGGUUGACUCACUGAAAGAACAGCUUGAAAACACACACAAAGAUAUGGUGAAAAUGCAUGAAACCAAUAUUGACCUGAAAACCCGCCUACAGACCAUCGUCAGGGAAAAGGAUGUGUCGCAGGUGACGACAAUGCGACGCCAAGUGAAAGAAGCCAGAGAUACGAUACAGAAAAACAAGGUGGAAAUUGAAAGUCUUCGCUCCAAACUUGACAUGUCAACAUCCAAACUGACUGGCACAGAAAGAGCCCUCUCAGAGGCUCUGAAAGAACUGAAGAAUGAGAAAGAUAAACUGAUGAAGAUGUCUAAUGACUGGAAUAAAAAGAUUCGCAAUUUAGAAGGACAGUUAAAAGAUACAACCCAUAAAAUGGAGCGACAACGUGACAGUUUGAAUGUGAAAGAAACGGAAUGCAAAAGAUUAGAAUCCGACGUAAAAGCAAAUAGUCAAAAAAUGCGUGAACACGAGCGUGAAAUUCUCAAAUUAAAGGCUGUGGAACAGGAUAAUAGGCAGAUGAAGGAGAAAACAGAGGACAUUGAGAGAAAAAUGGCAGCUUUAAAGUUGGAAGUCAAAGAGAAGGACAUGCACUGUAAGAAAGUAGAGAGUGAAUAUGAACACCAUAUUGUGGCACUGGAGCAAGAGUUCGCUCAGGAAAGGGAUGAUAUGGAUCAACAUUUGGAGGACAUGAAAAAGAAAUUCAUGGAGGCCCAGGAACAUUCCAAUGCCAGUAAUACUAUUCCAAACAACAUGGCUGCCAUUUUACAGGAAAAAGACAUGAUCAUCGCCCAGUUGGAAGACAAAAUGAUAGAAAAUGAUAAGAAAUUCAUUGACAUGGCUGACGAACUGCAAUCAGAACUAGAUGAAAGUGUGGUGUUGCAAAAUAAUCUUGAAUCUGUGCAGAAGGACCAAAGUAAACUGGAGAAAAAAUUAAGAGAUCAGGAAAAGUUGUAUUCAAAAGUCGUUUCAGAGAAACAGAAAGGUGAGGAAGAAAAUAAGUCACUUACUCGCACCAUGGAGGAGUACAAAAAGGAAAGUCGUGAACUCGGAUCUCUUCUAGAUUCUGAAAAGAAUGCUGCUGUUAAAUGGCAAAAGGAGAAGAAGGAGCUGCUCAGUAAAAUUCACACUUUAGAGGACAACAGAGAUACACUUCAACAGAAGCUAGAUAACAAAGGAUCCAAGAUGUCACAUGACAGUACCAACUCUGAAGAAGAUCGGAGUAAAAUAUCAGACAUACUCGGUAACUUUGUUGUUGUGGAAGCAGAAAUGUCAGAAGUUACUAAAACAAUGAUAAUCCUUCAAAAGAACUACACAGAUAUCUUAUCAAAGCAAUCAGAAAAAAGUCAGUCUCAAUUGGUUGGCAUGGGACCUGUAAUGGCAGACAUUGUACAUCGCUGUGCACAUUUACAAGACCUUUUACGUGAAGGCUCUUCUGAUUUGAGUACACCAAGAACAACAGAUCAAGGGCAACAAUCUGAAGAGUUCAGUCAAAUGAAGGUCAAGUAUGAUAAUUUAGUGAUUGAAUCAAACAAGUUACGGAAACAGUUGGAGGAUAUGUCAGGUCGAUCCAAGGACACACAAAACAGUAAAGAACUGGAGUUGAAACUGGCUAAACAGGAAAGUGUGUAUAAACAAAAGAUACAGGAAAUGGCAACUCGUGUAGAUGACCUUACUGGAAUGGUGAAACAUGCUGGUCCAAGUAAGGCCUCUAGUCCUCAGAAGCCCAAGAAGCAGGAGGAGGCCUCUGCUGUCCUUUCUGCUGAGAUAGAAGCCGAGCUAGGUCUGCUAGAGGACCGCAUUGCUUACAUAGACCAGGUGCUGCGGACCCCUGACAUCAGCAUGUCAGGUGAAGAUGAGGAAGAAGAGGAUGAUGAGGAUGAGGAAUCUGACAGUUUCAUCAGCUCUGAUGAUGAAAUGUCAGAGGAAGAUGAGGAAGAAGAAGAUACUAAUGAACUCAGUGGAGGAUAUGAGAGUAAGCGUCUUAUUGGAAAGUUACGUGCAAUGAGAAAUCAGCUGCAAGUUACCAACUGUAAGAUUCAGGAUCUCACAGAAGAAAUGACAGAGAAAACGUUCCUCAAAAACAAUUCUUCAGGAGAGGGGGAUGAAGGGUUGAGGCAGACCCUGGACAAGUGCAGUGACGCGGUUGAUUCUCUGACCAGUCGCCUGAUUGACAAGGUCAAGGCUGCUAAACUAGGCGGCGCCAGCUUAGAGAGCAGCUCUGCUGAGAAUAUGGUUGCAUUCCAAAACUGUGUGAAACAGAUGCGAGAUAAAUUAGUAGAGGUAAAUUGUAUGGUGGCAGAACAUGAAGCACUAGAUGCAAAGUCUUUAAAGAUUGUUCAUGAAAAAUUGAUGAACCUAUUAGAGUAUCUUAGUCAUCUUCAAAGAUUCAAACAUCAGGAUUUCGACAUGUUGGGGAGGAUCACACAUCAGGAUCUGCAGGCAAAAGCUGUGAUAACACGACGUGAAAGUGGCAUCAGGAGGAGCCGCCUCCACUUCGAGGAAAAGGUUCAUUUAUAUGCUGAUAGGUUGUCUGUGGAGGCCAUUAUACUGGGACAGAUGGCCUAUCUGGUACAGCGCUACCAGAUGGGUGACGUGUAUCGCGAUCUACUGUUAAAGGAGAUUCAGGAUGUGAAUAUGGUCAUCCUCGACUUGGAACGUAAAAUAGAUGAUGCCACGAAAACAAACAGCUCAUCAGAAACUGGUGUAGACAUUGUCUCAUCUUACGCAGCCAUUUUGGCAGAGAAAAUAGUUCUAGAAGGACAACUGGCAUCAUGUGCAAUGGCAGCAGAUAAUCAAACAACUGACGAUACGGCGGUGUUGUCAGCACUUCAUAUCACAGAAAACCCGUCAAUCCUUGCCAUGGAGGUGUUCUUACGGUCUCAGGUCGACUCAUCUGUUCAUCAAAAACUCCACCAGGCAACAGAGCAUAUGGAUUCUGUCACUGGUCACAUCAUCACUAGGUCAUUGGUGCAGGGGGAGAUAACUCAUGCAUUAGCAAGGAUGAAAUCUCGCUUCUCUUUGAAAGACGGUGUGCGCGACGUAACAGACCUCCUGCGCCAGGAGCGCAAGUUCUCACAUGAACAAUUGUUAUGUAAGUGUGAGACCAUGUGUAACUCAGUUGAUGUGUACCAGGCCCUGGUGGUGUCCUCACUACGAUAUCACGCAUGCCUGGCACAGUCCCCAAAGAUUGGAGAGAAUUUGUGUACAAAAAUGUCACAGUCAUUCCACAAACGCAUAGAGGAAUUCCAGGAGAAACAAAGUACUUCAGAAGGAAGAGAACAGAACAGGUGUCAACACAUUAUAGGUGCACUGGAAGUAGAACUAGAAUCAAGUGUUAGAAACUUUAAAGAACUGGAACAGCCAGAUUUACUAGACACAGAGGAUGCAAUGUCAGACGUGACAGUCGGGUCCGUAGAAUCAACAGUGUUACAGUUAGCAGACAUUCUCAUGCAUAGAGCUAUAAUCAAAGGUACAGUAGAAUAUAUUACAGAUAUGGUUAGCUCAGGAAGCUUUCCAGAACUUCCUAACACAGCCGUAUUCUCAUCAGAACAUGUACUCGGUGCUGAUCAGAAUGAGACCAUGCAGGUUCUGGCACGAUCUCUUUCAAAUGAGGCAACAAACAAGCAAUCCUUGGCAGCAGAAUUGAAAAAAUUCAAUCCAGAAAAUGCUGCAAGUUCAGAAGAAUGUUCUCGGAUAGUAGACAUUUUAGGAAUUGUCCCAGAUAGUGAACUGUGUAAUAUUAAUGUAGGGACGUACGGUGAGAAUCUAUUACGGGAAGCUCUCCACCAAGCACAGCUUACAUACAUGUCCUACAAGAUGAAACUACACCAUGAGAGAAGUAUGCGCGAGAUGAAGAUGAAAAUCGAGGCGGGUCAGAAAGUUGACCUUCCUUCAGAUUCCAGUCGGGAAGCUGAAGGGGACAUUCAUGCUUCCUUGUCAGUGUUUGAGGAAAUUUUAGAAACCAAAUUUGAGGAUGAAUGUGAAGUGCUUAGUAUACUGGACAAGGAAAUCAAACAGUUAAAUUCUGUGUCAACAGAUUCCAAAGAAAAAGGAUAUAGUCAACAACUCAACAACCUCAUCUCUACAUUUGAAAAUGAACUAGCUGUCUCGCAGGAACGGCAUGAUAUCCACGUGGAUGUCCUGCGUCAGGAAGUUAGCAACAUUGUCAUGCGCCUUGAGAAGAUGACGGAUGACUAUGAGAAGGAGAGGGAGGUAGUGGUGUCGGAGUACGAAGGCAAGGUCAGUAGUCUACAGGAGGAACUAGAGACUAUCCAGGUCGACCAUGAGGAGGAGCUGGAGCAGGUGCGUCAGGACAUCAUGACUGCAGUCAGUGCCAUCCGUGCCAACGAGGAGGAGGUAGAUGGUCAGCUGUCUGACCAGGUCAAGGGGCUCAACCGGCAAAUCAUCUCUCAGAAGGGUACCUUCAGUGUAUUGCUGACAGAACUUCAAGAGAAGCUGGCUGAAUCCAACUUAAGUCCUACACUGUCUACUCAGGUGCAGAAACUUGUCGAUCAACUCCAGGAGGCUCUCAACAGUGGCACGGAGUUUGAGGAUCCCCUGUCCCCUCUGCCUGUGUCCUCACCCCCUCCACUGCCUGUCGCGCCACGGAAGUCUGAGUCACUCAGUGAUGUCCCAGCCAUGGAAACACUCAACCUCACUGAUGAUUCAUUCCAUACUCUGGACAGAUCUCAGCAUGAUUAUGAAUUAGAACUACUGAAACGAGAAAAGGAAGAAGCACUGGCAGAAGAAGUCAAAACGACCAAAGCAGCUCUGGACGCAAUGAGGAAGGCUUAUGAGGAUGACCUUGAGGAGGAGAAGGAAAGAUACAGGAUUGCUCUCAAGACCAUGUACAAUGACGACUACAUCCAGGAAAUACGUCGACAACAAGAUGAGGAGCUGGUAAGGGUAAAGGAGGAGCUUAAGACUACUACCAUGCACUACGACAGUAAGUGUGAGGACUACAAGAUCAUGGAGGAAAAACUCAACAAUGUCAAGACGGAAUACGAGUCUCACAUACAGCAUCUGGUCAAGAGUAAUCAGCACUUGAAUGAGCUUGUGAAUGAGGAGAUUGGCAAACUGAAAGAUUUUAUGGAGAACAGGUCGAUGGGACGUAUCCCAGGUAACGCCACAUUGGAGGAAGAGCUAUAUGAUGCCCAGAUUAUGGUACGAAUGAAGGAUGCUGAAUUACAAAAACUCAGGUCACAGGUGAAGAAUCUGGAGAACAAUCUGGAAAGAGUGACAGAGGAGCAGAGAAAUAGCAUGACCCAGUACUUACAGAUGUACAAGAAGGUGCAGGAACUGGAGGCCAAGCAGAAGAGCAAGAAACAGGAAGAGCAGGACCAUGACUCCCGGCCUACUAACCGCUCCCUCCGCCGAACACCGUCCUUCCACCAUCGUGCGAGGAGUCCCAGUCCACAGACUUCUGGCAAGAAGGACGAGCAUCACAGUCGAGACUCGCAUCGACGGCGCCACCUAGAUGCACGUGACCUGAAGAGAUCCAAAAGUAGUCCAACCAUUCCCUUUGUGUUCGGGGGCAGACUGCCCUCGUCGAGUAGUCUCGGCAAAUCCUCCAGCUUCAAGUCUGCCAAAGCUAUGAAAGCCUCCAAGUAACACCACAGAAUCUACACAACCACUCAACCACGUCGUUGCUACGGAAACCUGCAAUGUUAAAACCUGUAACAUGGAGAACUACAAUGUGUAACCCUCGUGCACAAACAUUGUUCAAUUAGAGCAUGUACAUUGUUGUUGAUAUGUUUCUAUAUGAAUCUGUUUGAUGUAUACGAAUUUACUGAGUCCAAUGUAAGGGUGUUUGUAUACUACCUGUAGAAUUUUCUGAGUCCAAUGUAAGGGGGUUUGUAUACGACCUGGAGAAUUUACUGAGUCCAAUGGAAGGGUGUUUGUAUACGUGCUGUAGAAUUUACUCAGUCCAAUGUAAGGGAGUUUGUAUACGACCUGUAGAACUUACUCAGUCCAAUGUACGGGUGUUUGUAUACGUCCUGUAGAAUUUACUGAGGCCAAUGUAAGGGUGUUUGUUUACGACCUGUAGAAUUUACUGAGUCCAAUGGAAGGGUGUUUGUAUACUACCUGUAGAAUUUACAGAGUCCAAUGUAAGGGUGUUUGGAUACGACCUGUAGAACUUACUCAGUCCAAUGUACGGGUGUUUGUAUACGAGCUGUAGAAUUUACUCAGUCCGAUGUAAGGG